CUUGUGCGUGCAAGGUUGCUCAAUUGAUUUAUCCGCUGUGCCAAUUAUUUCCAAUUUACGUUUGGUAAACACCUUGAACGUUCGUACUCUUAGCCAAUACUUCGGUGAAAGUACUAUUUUCAGUAUAUAAUGCGUUUCUGUUCCACUUGACGUCCUUUUUUGCAUUGCGCUUCGCAAACGGAACGUCAAGAGUGCAGUCACAUGUUAUCAUUCGUCUAGACUCUAUUGACUCAACAGUUCGUCUUAUUAAAAUAUAAGAAAUAGUGGAAAAACAUAAAAAUCAGAAACAACGGGAGUGAUGAUUAAUUUUUAAAAGUCUAAGAAAGUUGUGCAACAAAAUCUGAUAAAAUGCAUCUUACAAAAGAGGAUUGCAGUACCAUGAUUAAUAUUACGGUAUUAAAAUUAAAGUUCCUUUUAAAAUCGUCAGCUCGACAUUGAUUGGAGUCAUUUAACUAUUUAUAAUAACAGUCUACGAAUAUAUCGCAAGCAUAUCAAAUUAAUAAAAUAAAAAUAUAAUAAAAUAUAAAUAAUGGUUCUGAUAAUGUUCAUCGAAUUAAUAAUGUGGUUCAUCAUCCUGUUCAUCGUGACUAUUUUAAUUUUGAAAGUAUGCCACAGUUAUAAUCGACCGCAAAAAUUUCCACCAGGUCCUAAGGGGUUACCAUUAAUUGGAAAUAUCCUCGACAUAAUACGACUAGUAAACGAAACGAAAUUCUACGCGGAUGCCUGGUGUCGACUGGCUGAAAAAUACGGACCAGUAGUCGGUAUCAGAUUAGGUUUUGAUGAACCGAUGAUCAUUGUUUCUGGCAAACCGGCUAUCACGGAGAUGCUAAAUCGGGCGGAAUUCGAUGGGAGACCAAACGGAUUCCUAUUUAGAUAUAGAACCGGUGGCACUCGACAAGGAAUACUGUUUACGGAUACAAAUGUUUGGCAAAAUCAAAGAAGAUUUGCAUUGAAAACACUAAAGCAAUACGGUUUCGGGAAAAACUCGAUGGAAGAAAUGCUGAAACACGAUGCGAUCACAUUAACAAAUGUCGUUCUCGAGUUAACGAGAAGGGGUACGAUUAAAACAAUUAGCUCUGUUGUCUCAGCGGCCGUUUUGAGCAGCCUAUGGUUUCUGAUAGAUGGUACAAAAUUUGAUGUCGGAACGGAAGAUCCGAAUCUGGCGGAAGCGAUCAAUAUUUUACAAAGUCUCACAAGUAACUCAAGCGUUCCUGGCGGUAUUUUAAAUUAUUUCCCAUUCCUGAGACACCUGUUCCCAAAUUUAACAGGGUUCUCGGUAUUCGCUGAACGACAGAAACGCAUAAACAAUUUCUUCGCAGACGUAAUUACUAAACACAAGCGACACGGAAUCGACGACCAAUGUACAAAUUUUAUAGAUGCUUAUUUGAAAGAAAUAGAAGCGCAAAAAGAAUCGAAUUCGGGUUACACGUUUUUCAAUGAGACUCAAUUGUUAUUCGUGAUAAAGGAUUUAUUUGCUGCUGGCGUUGACACAACUAAUAACACUAUUGGUUUCGUGAUAGCGUUUCUUGUCGUCCAUCAAGACGUACAAGCUAAAGUAUACGACGAGAUCAGUCGAGUCGUUGGUAAAGACGUUUAUCCGUCUUUGAAUGACAAAGACAGAUUGCCAUAUUUGAGAGCAGUUUUAGCUGAAGUGUCGAGAUUAGCUAAUGUCGGGCCAACGUCUAUACCCCAUCGUGCGAUAGUUGACACAGAUUUACUGGGUUAUGAGAUUAAACGAAAUUACACGCUGUUGGCUAAUUUUAAGAGCGUUCAUAUGAGCAAAGAACAUUGGGGAGAUCCGGAAGUGUUCCGACCGGAAAGGUUCAUCGACGAGAACGGAAAAUUCAUUACCGAUUCUUGGCUAAUGCCCUUCGGAUUAGGGCGAAGAAAAUGUCUAGGCGAGACUUUAGCGAAAAAUACAGUUUUCCUUUUUAUGGCAAGUUUAUUGCAAAGAAUACGUUUCACAUUGCCAUCUGACCAUCCCAAACCUUCUCUUCGAGGCAUUGAAGGAUUUGUUGUCACACCGCCUGUUAUGGAUAUUGUUGCUCUUCAAAGAUAAACCAUUAUGAUAAAA